AUAUCCCAACGUUCCAUUUCAGCUAUUCCUUCCUCUCCCUUCCCCUCCCCUCUCCUGCCAGUACGACAAUUCCAUUUACAGUACAUCUCACAUCCCUUUCUCCUCUCCCAGCACAAUGGAGCCACUGCCUGCUUUCCUACUGAAAUCGUGGACGCCUAAAGCCCGUAUAUUCGCCGUUUUUGCCUGCAUGCUCGUUUGCUUGGCUGGAUUAUGGGUCCUGCAGUUCAAAAGGAUUAAUCGUAAAAACAAAGACUUCUAUUCUUUUGAAGUUCUGAAUUCCAAGGGGAAGCUGGUCUCGCUAGAGAAAUAUAGAGGCAAAGCAUCCCUGGUUGUAAACGUGGCGAGUAACUGCGAACACACGGAGAAGAAUUACCAGGGCCUGCAGGAGUUACAGAGAGAACUCGGGCCCAUGCACUUCAACGUCCUUGCGUUCCCUUGUAACCAGUUCGGAAAAUCCGAGCCCGGCACCAACUCCCAAAUCGAUAGAUUCUCCAGAACAACUUACGGAGCCACUUUCCCCAUUUUCGGCAAGAUCAAAGUGUUAGGGAACGAGACUGAGCCUGCUUUCCAGUAUCUCAUGGACACAACCAAGAUGGAACCCCGAUGGAAUUUUUGGAAAUAUCUGGUCAACCCCAAGGGUCAAGUAGUAAAGGUCUGGCGAACUGAAGACUCUAUGGCUGCUAUCAAGAAAGAAGUGUCAGAAUUAGUGGCAAAAAUUAUACUGAAAAGACGAGAAGAGUUUUAAAGUAGAGCAGCUGUGUCAGACAGUUUUCUUCUUUGAAUUCUGAAAAUAGUCUGCACACCUGAAGCUUAUACAAGCUGUUGCAGUUUCACUAGAUGGUGAAUUUCCUUGCAUCUGAAAUUUCCAGCCACAUGGAAGUGUUUUGAGUCCUGAUGCUAAAAUCUAAAUCUAUUGUGAUAUGUGAUUACCAUGUCAUACAAUUGCAAAAUUCUUUUGCAGUAUUGUUACAACAGAAUUAUUAUUUUUUUGUGGUAGACAAACCUCUAUUGAUGUUUACAUGAGCUAUUUUGUUAAAAGGGUACACAACACAUGAUAUUUUGAAAAUUACAUUACAGUGCAUUGCAGACUGCAACAGCAAAUUUCUAUACACUUGGGAGGUAAUCCUGAAAUCAAUUCACAAUAUUUAUAGAUGCAAAUUAAAGCAACCACUAAGAAUGAACAGAUUAUCUUUUCCAAUUGCCAUUGAUUUAAGUAUUCCUAAUAUAAAUUGGGAUCUAUUUUUUCUGGUCUCAGUUUUUUUAAAUUUAAAACAUGAUUGACAUGUUUUGUUCGUAUCAUGGAUCAGACCAACUCAAUGUCAUAGAAUAGAUUUCAAGAUACCAUUACCUAUUGGAUAUAGUUUCACCAGGAUAAAAGAUUGUACUAACUACAAGGAGAUUAGCCUGAAGUUCUUGUUUGACCUUAUUCUUGUUGAUGUUCAUAUCUGUACAAUUACAACAUUAACUUUUAUGUCAUAUUUAAAAUUUUAAUCCCAGAGAUCUGGUUCAUUCAUUUUUUUUGCACUAUAACCAGUUAAAUUCCUAUUUCUUGUUUCUUAUUUGCUUUUUAAUUUCAGUUCUUAAACUAACAUUAUAUAAGCCUGUAGAAAAUCUAUAUUUUUAGAUAGGAUUGCCUGCAGCAUUCAAACAAAUAUAUAUUGGAUAGUGAAAAUUUGAUUCAAUGAAACAAAUCUAUAUAAUGCUUUCCUUGUACAAAGAGUCUCUUUCAAUGUUACCUAUAUUUUGGUUGUUAUGUAUACAACAUACUUUCUCCCAUGGAUGCAGUCAGCCAAAAAAUAAUUUAGUUGUGUUUCCCAUCACAAAGAAUAGCUGCUGGUCAAGUAUAUUUGACAAGAUUAAUACAUAUUCUUAAAGUUCUUUUAAUUCUCAUAAACUAUUCAUGUUACUUUUGUAAUUUAUAAUAACAAAGCCUUAAUCUGUGACUGCCAAACGAGUUAUCAGUAGCACUCUGCCAUGAACAAAAUAUUACUGUUUUGCAGGUGUUUCUUUAAUGUGGCCUAAGAACAAUACUCAAUUUGUAACUGGACCAUAUUAGAGGUGAACCCCACAUGUUGCUUGAAAAAAAAACAGGCCAUAUUCCAUAAUGCCAAGCCACAUUAUCUGUAUGUGUAUAUCAAGAAUGCAAAUUGAAAAUAAUAAAUUUUGUGGAAAUGUAUUAAUUGCUUUACACAUUAAUUCUCUGGGAGCAAAUGUUAUUCCUCAUCCAACUUUUUGAGUAGAGAUUUGAAAAUUCUGUAAGGACAAAUCUCCAUAAACUAAUGGCUAUAAUGCAGGGAUCACCUGUACUCAUGAUAGAACAGCAUAAAUCUUUACGAUUUAUGUCAAUGAUUUAGAUGAGGGCAUUGAAAACUAUAUCAGCAAGUUUGCUGACGAUACUAAACUGGGUGGCAGUGUGACAUGCGAAGAGGGCGUUAGGAGAAUACAGGGAGACUUGGAUAGUCUGAGUGAGUGGGCAGAUACUUGGCAGAUGUCAUUCAAUGUGAAUAAAUGUGAAGUUAUCCACUUUGGAAGCUGGAACAAGAGGGCAGAGUAUUGUCUGAACGGUGUCGAGUUAGGUAAGGGAGAAAUGCAAAGAGACCUAGGAGUCCUAGUUCACCAGUCAAUGAAGGUGAAUGAGCAAGUGCAACAGGCAGUGAAGAGGGCAAAUGGAAUGUUGGCCUUUGUUACAAGGGGAAUUGAAUACAAGAGCAAGGAUGUUCUUUUGCAUUUGUAUAGGGCCCUGGUGAGACCACACCUGGAAUAUUGUGUACAGUUUUGGUCUCCAGGUUUAAGGAAGGACAUUCUGGCAAUUGAGGAAGUGCAGCGUAGAUUCACUACGUUGAUUUCUGGGAUGGCAGGGCUGUCUUACGCAGAGAGAUUGGAGAGAUUGGGCUUGUACACCCUGGAAUUGAGGAGAUUGAGAGGGGAUCUGAUUGAAACGUUUAAGAUAAUUAAAGGAUUUGAUAGGAUUGAGGCAGGAAAUAUGUUCCAGAUGUUGGGAGAGUCCAGUACCAGAGGGCAUGGAUUGAGAAUAAGAGGUCAGUUAUUUAAAACAGAGUUGAGGAAGAGCUUCUUCUCCCAGAGAGUUGUGGAGGUGUGGAAUGCACUGCCUCGGAAGACGGUGGAGGCCAAUUCUCUGGAUGCUUUCAAGAAGGAGCUGGAUAGAUAUCUGAUGGAUAGGGGAAUCAAGGGAUAUGGGGACAAGGCAGGGACUGGGUAUUGAUAGUGAAUGAUCUCAGAAUGGCGGUGCAGACUCGAGGGGCCGAAUGGUCUACUUCUGCACCUAUUGUCUAUUGUCUAUAUCUGACAUGAUGAUGUCUUUUGGUUGCUAUGAUGCUUUUUGAAUUAGCUGAACAGCGAAUAUAUGUGGGCGUGCAAAGGCCAAGAUAUCACGUGUUCAGCUUGAGCUAUAAAAAGGUUUUCAUGUCUCCCUCACAUGCAUUACUGCAGGAGCUGCUCGGAUAUAUAACACUCCUCUUACUUCAACCAUUUCUUCCAUAAUUCACUUUAUGUUUUUUUCUUUAUACUUUUUCUAUUAAUCCACCACUGUGAUUAUUUUCAUUGUUUAAUGCAUUUUGUCUCUGUGCUUUCUCUUGUAUUGGACUCUAUUACAAAACCAGAACAAUGAAAGCAGGAAAAUCUCCAAAUAGACAGAGUUUUACCAUUAGAAAUAGAAGAAGUCAUCUAUUCAGUCUUUGAGGCCUGCUCAAUAGCUGAUCUCACCCAAGCCUUUGAUUGCUUGAAUGUCUAAAAAUCAAUCAGACUCUACCUUGAAUAGACUUAAUGACUGGAAUACCACACCCAUCUUGAUUAGGGAAGUCCAAAGGUUCAUUAAUGUCUAGGUGAAGAAAUUUCUUGUCACCUCUAUCUUGAAUGGCUGACUCUUUCAUUUGAAAUUAUGACCCUGGUUUCCAGACACUGAGGUCAGGGGAAACACAACUCUGCAUUGACCCUUUGCGAAUUUUAGAACAACACACACAAAAAUCUGGAAGAACUCAGUAGAUCAAGCAGCAUCUAUGGAAGAGAAUAAGCAGAUGAUAUUUCGGGCUGAGACCCUUCAUCAAGGAAGGUUCCUGAAGGUUCCAAAGGUUCAGCCCAAAACAUCAGCUAUUUAUUCCAGUCCAUAGAUGCUGCCUGACUUGCUGGGUUCCUCCAACAUUUUGUAUGCUUUGCACAAUUUCCUGCAUCUGCACAAUCUCUUGUGUUUGUAAGAAUUUUGUCAACUAACAUUCUUCUAAGCUCAAACACAGUCUACUUAUUCUCUUUUAUACAAUAGGUAUGUCAAUAUGUGAACUAACAUCAGAUUACUGUUAACUAUGGAGACAAAGGUUACAUGCUGGCCAUUUAUCUGUUGCACUUGUAUUGUUCAUGUUAAUUUUGGAUUGCAGAGGUACAAGCUCACUUUUCCAAGAUGAAGUCCCACUUUCCUAGGAAGUCCUAGAUAAGAAUGCAAUAUUUUUAUUCAAGGUUAUUACAGUUUUGUGCGGCAUUUCUGUCUGUUAGUGUCUGGAGUGAAUUCUUUGGGUGUGUAAAUUUUUGAGUAACUACUACACAGAAUUUGUAGUUGCAGCUAAUCUUCUCUCAAAGCCAAAGCAUCAGUGACAACUAUGCAUUGAGUUCUGUGGCUCUGGCCUUCUUAUCACCAUACUCUCUUUCCUCUUUUGAGACAAUUCUUAAAAUCUACCUCCUUAAAUGUUUUUUCAGUCAUAAUGCCUAAUAUUUUUAAGUAUUUGUAAAACAUCUUGGGAACUUUCCAUAUGUUAAAGGUACUAUAUUAUUAAAAACUGUUCUCUGAUUUAGUCACUUCAGAAAUUAACAUAGUUAUGCUGUGUAUGCUUUACCAUAUUGAAGUUUGAGCAAUUUAUUAAAAAGUUUUUGAAAUAUAAGAAAUCUGGAUGUGCUGGGACUUUUCACUGCUCUGUUCACUGUCAAUAGAUUUGAAUGGCAUUUCACUCUUCCAUAUGUUUGCAUUAUAAUAACCAACGAUACAAAAAACAACAGGAUUCAAGAGAAGAGAAAAUCAUAAGUAAAUGAAAGAUUUAAAUGUUUGAUCUGAGAAAAACUUGGGCAGCCCCACUAUGUAUAAUUUUGUUUAUAGAGAUUUGGUAUAUUUCAAUGUAUAUCAAAGUGAUUACAUUCCUUCAUCUUUUUUGUAUAAUCUCUUCAAAACAUCAAUAAACAUACUUUAUUUUG